AUGACCACCGCCGCUGUCCCACCUAAUCUUAGCAGUGGCCACUUCUGGCUCGGUGCCGGCAACGGAGCCAAGAACGGAGCGCCGACGCAACAACAACAGCAACAAGACGUGGAGGUCCCCAAGAUUCUCCCUCCCGGAGUCACGCAGGCUGGAUUCAUCAAAUUCGCCCGCCGAGUGAUCCACGCGGUUGGAGGCGAUAACUUCACUGUCAUCACGGCUGGCUGUGACUUUGAGGGCUACGAAGAUGAUGAUUUUGGACGCAACUGCCGCACCCACGACUACUACCGUUCCUUUGACGAUGAGUGCGAGCUGGUGGGCUCAGCUCUGUGUCACCCGCGCAGCGUGCAGGAUAUUCAGGCUGUUCUUGCUGCGUGCAACGAGUCAAAGGUUCCCGUAUGGCCCAUCAGCACCGGACGAAACCUCGCGUACGGUGGCUCGGCACCAAGGGUUCCUGGAUCGCUGGUGAUGAUUCUCAGCACGCAUAUGAACCGCAUCUUGCACUUAGAUGAGACAGCGUGCGUCUGCAUCGUUGAGCCGGGUGUCACUUUCAUGCAAAUGAGCGAAGUAGACUCGUCAGGCCUCGGCUGGGGAUCCAUGAUUGGAAAUGCCCUGGACCGCGGAGGUGGUGCUUCCUUGUACGGUGAUAGAUGGGGAAAACACAGCGGAAUGGAGGUGGUCCUGCCCAACGGCGAGGUCGCCAGGAUGGGAAUGGGAGCGAUCCAGGACCCGGAGGGCCGCAAACAGGCGGAGCAGGGCGUUCACCCGGCCGAUCAGAAGCUCAAUGAGUGUUUCGCUCUGUUCCCGUACGGCUGGGGCCCAAUGAACGACGGUCUAUUCUCGCAGGGCAAUGCUGGCAUUGUCACCAAGAUGGGAUUCUGGCUGAUGCCCGCUCCGCAGGGCAUGACGCCGUUCUCUGUCACUUUUGAGAAGGAAGCCGAUCUGGCCGCCCUAGUCGACUGCAUUCAGCCCCUUGAUCUGAACGGCACGCUUCAGAGUUCAGUCAGUUUGCGCAACCUCACAUUGGAGGCUGCUCAUUAUGGCCCGAGGUCCAGCUAUACCAAUGCCUCUCACAAGGAAGUCAUCCCCGAAGAGGACUUUGAGAAGAUGGCCAAAAAGCUCAACACGGGCCGGUGGCGCUACAUUGGCGCCGUAUUCGGCUCCGACAAAGUCCGCGCGGCUCUCAUCGAGGAUAUCAAAAAGGAGCUGACCAAGGUCCCCGGUAGCAAGUGGGCCACGCUCGACGAGUGUCCCGGUGAGCAGAACCUGGUUCGUGUCAGAGCCACGUACCUUCAAGGUAUCUCGUCCAUGGGAGAGUUUGCCUGGAUGAAGCAGUGGCUGCCCAACUGCUCCGUCAUCAUGGUCGCGGCUAUUUCCAGACUUGAGGGCAAGGCUGUUUGGGAGCAAUAUUCAUUGGCAAAGGAGCUGUUUGCCAAGGCGGGCAUCGACUACAUCAGCCACUACGUCGCAUACUUCCGGACUAUGCACAAUGUAUGCAUCAUUCCGUAUGACAGAAAAGACAAGGACAUGCGUGGCCGCGCGCAGUGGUUGGGCCGGACCCUGGUCAAGGAGUGGAAGGCUCGCGGCUGGAGCGUCUUCAGGACUCACGUGGGUCUCAUGGACCAAGUUGCGGAUGCUUAUGACUUCAACAAUGGUGCCCUGUGGAAGAUGCAUGAGGAGAUUCACGACACCCUGGAUCCCAAUGGCGUUCUAGCUCCCGGAAGAGGCGGUGUCUGGCCAAAGUGCUACGAUAAGGAUGCUUGGAUGAUGGGAAAGAAGUACAUUGGGUGA